AUGGCAGAAGGUGGAGCUAAGAAAGCAGAAGAAGCUGAAGAAGCCAACAAAGGAGAAGAAGCCAAAGAAGCCAGAGAAGCUUUAGAAGCCGACAAAGCAGACAAACCCGAUAAAGGAAAGAA